AUGGUUCACCACUACCAGCGCGGGGCCUGGUACCCGCGGGGGGGGGCGAGCGAGGUCGCGUUCCACGCCGUGCCCGUCAUCGAGCGCGCGGGGGGGGCCGUGCUCGUGCGCGCCCCCGUCACGCGCGUGCUCGUCAGCGCCUCCGGCACCGCCCUGGGUGAGAGCCGGGACCCCCCCCCCCGCCCUCCUGGGGACGCGGUGGCAGCGCCCCGAGUGUCCCCUGAGCCCCCGCCUCGGUCCCCAGGGGUGGCGGUGCGGGCGGGGCCCGGCGAGGAGGAGCUGGAGAUCCGCGCCCCCCUCGUCAUCUCCGACGCCGGGGUCUUCAACACCUUCGGGAAGCUUCUGCCCCCCCACGUGCGCAGCCACCCCGGUGUCCGCUCCCUCCUGGCCAUGGUCCGGCCGGCCAUGGGCUCCUUCCUGGUGUUCGUGGGGCUGCGGGGCAGCGCGGCCGAGCUGGGGCUGCCCCCCACCAACUUCUGGAUCUACCCCCACAACGACCUGGAUGCCAUGAUGACCCGGUACGCCGCCCUGAGCCGCGACGACGUCCCCGAGAACCUGGCCAUGAUGUUCAUCACCUUCCCCGCAGCCAAGGACCCCACGUACGAGCAGCGGCACCCAGGCAGGUCCUGCAUGACCAUCCUGACCAUGGCGCGGUUCGAGUGGUUCGAGGAGUGGGCCGGGAGCCGCCCCCGGCACCGCGGCCCCGAAUACCAGCGCUACAAGAUGGACAUCGCCCAGCGGCUGCUGGAGCGGGCCCUGCUCCGCUUCCCGCACCUGCGGGACAAGGUGGAGUUCGUGGAGGCGGCGUCGCCGCUCACCAACCAGCACUACCUGGGGGCUGCGCGGGGGGAGAUGUACGGCACCGAGCACGACCUGCGCCGCUUCAGCCCCGCCGUGGUGGCCGCCCUGAGACCCGACACGCCCGUGAGGAACCUCUACCUGACAGGUGAGGGGCUGUGUCCCCGCGUCCCGCUGUCCCCGUCACCAGCUCCGGACGCUGUCCCCAGGGUCCCCUCCCGCCCGUGCUUGUGGCCCCCGGGGGUGGCUCUGUGUCCCCCUGGUGUGGCUCUGUGGCCCCCGGGGGUGGCUCUGUGUCCCCCUGGUGUGGCUCUGUGUCCCCCUGGAUACACAUCUAGAUGUGUAUAA